AGAACAGCAUGAUUUUCGAGAUUUAGUCAAAAGUUUAAAAGGUCGGAAAGGUCAAGACGGAGUCAGAAUACCAACUAAAAUAACCUUUUUAGCUAAUGCUUAUAGUUGGAGUGCUUGGCUGUUGGAUGUCUUUACUAAUUUAUUUAAACUAAAAAAAGAUGCUGAAAUUAAGAAAGAAAAGAACGAUAAUUCCGGGGUGUUAGAAAUAGUCAAAGAUAAGAAAAGUGUGGAAUGA